AUAUUUGCCAAGUGUGUGCGGAAAGUAAAAAUACAUACUCAAAUGUGAAAAAACAAGAAAAAUGUAUAAUAUUCGAGGUAAAACGAAUAAAUGGCAUUUGAUUAGUAAGGGCAUGAAGAGCCUAAAAUAAUACCGUUACGCCAAGGAAUCGCUUACAAUGUGACCCAAUUUGCAGUGUGUACGUGUGUGGCUAAGGAAAAAGAAAAUAACAGUGGCGGUGGAAGUGGUAGUGAAUUGAAGGAAAUUACGUUUUGCUUUAAGUGAAAAUUCAUUGCGUCCACUAAAAUACACACAUACAUAUAUUGAAUUAUUCUUAACACCAAGAAAUUCAAGGCCUACUACGCCUUUCAUAAUAAAUGGUGUGAAAAGCGCAAAAACCCGAAAAGUGCCAUCGAAAAAUUCUAAGCAGAAUUUGUGGGGGAGUUGUGCUUGCCUGGCGGUGGUAGCUGAAAUUAAAGGACUUUAACAACAAAAGCUUUGCGCAGAGUGCGCCGUUCAUAAAUAUUUUUGUUUUUUUAUUUCGGGACAGCCCAAUGGCUUAGAUAUGUACGUAGCAUGCGAGUGCGCCUAGAAGCAAACUACAGCAGGCGAUAUCAAAAUAAUAAUCUACAUACAUACAUAUUCAUUUAUGCAUGCAUGUUUGUAUGUGUGUGUGCAAAUAUUUUGCAAAAUCGUAUACGUAUCCGCUAAAUGCUCUCGCCACAAUUAUUUCUUCGCUGUGUGUCUUUCUUUGCUCACAUGAUUUUUGCAUUUUGACACAUUUUAGCGAAGUAAGAAAAUUUUCCAAAGCAAAAUAUGAAAAUGUUUUAAAACAGUUUACUCCGCUCCCUUUUUGACAGCUGAUUUUACAUGUGCAACAACAAAAAAAGUUUCACAACGAAACAGCACCAAAAAGUAUGAACCAAAGUGAGAGAGUAAGUGGUGGGUGCUGAGCGUAAGCGUCAAAAAUAGAAGCAGCCGUGAGCGUCAACAAAGUAAUCGGAGAGUCCUUCGAGUGGGCUGUGCCACUGACAGCUACCAGAAUAACAAAAAUAAUAACAACAACAACGACAACAACAACAAGCGGCUAUAUUACUUCACGUCCUUCAUUCAUUUACGACAGUGGAAAUAUGAAGAUCAAUGCAAAAAUGGCAACCCCUAUUGAGGAAAAGGUUGAUCAAAAUUUAAAGAUCCGUACUGGUAUGGUAAAUGUCAGCGAUGGCAAAUGCAAACCAGAACCACUUAGACUGAAUUUAACUAUGGAACUAGUAACCUUACAAAGAUUAGAGGUAGUUACACCAACAAAUCCCCAACACAAUGGACCACCAAUGGAGUCAAAGGAGCGCAUGGUGCAGAUUACCCGUCAAAAGCAAGGCGGCCUUGGUUUGAGCAUAAAAGGCGGUGCCGAGCACAAAUUGCCUAUUUUAAUAUCGCGCAUCUACAAGGACCAAGCGGCGGACAUUACCGGCCAACUGUUUGUUGGCGAUGCGAUAAUUAAGGUAAAUGGCGAAUACAUCACAGCCUGUCCGCAUGACGAUGCGGUGAACAUAUUGCGCAAUGCUGGCGAUAUAGUGGUACUGACGGUGAAGCAUUACCGUGCGGCGACGCCAUUCCUGCAGAAGCAACUUGCCAAGGAGACGCCCGAUUCGGACAAUGAUGCAACAUGUGCGGAAUUAAAGGCUGACGAAGGCUACAAGUCCUCGGUAAAUAAUGGCACAAUAAGUCGCAGCUGCAGUCGUCCGAUGUCAAUUUGCUCCGGCUCCGAACCGGAGAAGAAAUGGGUAGAGGUGGUGGCAGUGCCGCUGAUGAUGGCCUACGUAACGCGAUAUAUCUAUGGCACGGAUAAGUUACGCCCCAAUGCGUUUGAAGUACGCGGCCUUAAUGGCGCCUCGACUGGCAUAAUACACUGUGAUGAUUUGGCCAUUCUCAGUCAAUGGCUUAAAUUGAUAACCGAUAAUGUUGUUGGAUUGACACAUCUACAAAUGAAGCUUUACAAUCGCAAUUUCGCCGUAGGCGAACGAAUCGAAUAUAUGGGAUGGGUGAAUGAGGGUGUCAUCAACAACAACAUCUCCUGGCAAAGUUACAAGCCACGCUUUCUAGUACUGAAAGGCACUGAAGUGAUGCUUUUUGAAACACCACCGUUAAAUGUCGCCGGUUUGUCGAAAGCAUUGGUGGCUUACAAAGUCUAUCAGACAAUGUUCCGCGUUGUGAAGGAAUCGGAAACGGUGGAUAGCCGUCAACAUUGCUUUCUACUGCAGAGCUCCGGACAUGAGCCUCGCUAUCUGAGCGUUGAGACGCGCCAGGAGUUGCUGCGUAUCGAGAAUAGUUGGAAUGCGGCCAUAGUUACGAGCGUAAUUAAAUUGGGCCGCAAAACUUUCGCCGUCUCACAUCACGGCAAAAGCGGUGGCCUGACGUUGGACUGGCAGUCUGGCUUCUCGCUAGCGGAAGGCGCCGACUCGGCCAUCGUUUGGCAAUAUAAAUUCUCCCAACUACGCGGUUCGAGCGAUGAUGGAAAAUCAAAAUUAAAACUACAUUUUCAGGAUCAUGAAACGCGUGCAAUUGAAACAAAAGAACUGGAAUGCCAAGUGCUGCAAAGUUUACUCUUUUGUAUGCAUGCAUUUUUGACAGCCAAAGUUGCUUCUGUUGAUCCAGCAUUUUUGAGUUCUAUACAGCAAACCUAAAAUCGGCGCAUCUAAAUGAAACCCCCAAACCAAACAAAAAAAAAAUAUCGGAUAUAAUUCGAAUUGAUAUUCAAAAAUCGGAAAGCAGUCAAAAUGAGGCAGAACCAAAUUAUUUGAUUAUUGUAUUGACAAAUUAAAACGACAAGUAGGUACUUAAAAAGAAUUACUAAGAAAAAAAAACAAAAACUCAAACAAAGAUAAAUAUUUAUAAUUAAUAAUUAAAUUAAAGAAAAUGUAGCUUAAUAUUUAUACAUAUACUUUGGCAUAUACUUACUUAUAGAUAUUUAAAACAAUUAAAUACUUAGUAUGAUUAAUAAUGAAAUGCAUGUCUCACAUAAAUAUGUAUGUAGAUACAUAUGUAUGUCUGUGAGAACAAACAACACAUAAAUACUUACAUUGAACAUAACUAAUCGUCUGAAAGUGUAUUACAUAGUGUCGUAUAUGAAAUAUGCAGACCUAGUUAUACAAUAUUAAAAAAAUAUGUAUAAAAAAAAAUCUUUCUAGCAAAUGAUGGUGCAAACGCAAUUGUUAAGCGGUGACCGAUAAUUUUCUCCCAUUAUUAGUCAUUGUUAUUUAUUUAAGAUAGCUUGUUGUGAAAAAAAUUCGCCUUUUAACCAAUAAUACUUUAAUGCACUGAAUAAAUAAAUUUUCAAUUACUAGGACAAACGUACAUACAUACAUAUUUGUGGACAUUUGAAAUAACCAAAGUUAAGCCGAGUUGGACAAUUUUUUCACGAAAGCAUUUAUUUGUUGGGCUCUUAUCCAAUAUGUAAAGUUUUAAUUUGCCAUAACUUUAGUUUCCGACGCCUUUUGAUCACCAGUUUCAUAAACAUAUGCUAUUCGAUGAGAAGGUAUAAUUUUCUGUCAAGUUGUUCUUUCGAAUAGUACGUUUAGUUUAUUCAAAACUUUUAAAGCUCAAAAGCUCUGAUGUUUUGAAAAACUCAAUAAAAACCGUAAAUAUAAAUAACUACCAAACUUAUCGCGAUUUGAUUUAUCUGAUUUUUGGGGCAUUUAUUAAAUGCACUGUUCCCAACAACCCGACAAAAUGAACUUUAAGUACUUGCAUAAGUAACAAAGUUUCCUGCACCCUGAAAAGCUUAAAUUCUUUGAGCGACAAUGUCCUUUGGGACAUAUUUUCGUUGAGGGACUAAACUGCAAUAUCAAUCAACAUUUCUUCGGGUUUCCAUACAUUGGCCAUGUAAUUUAAUUAUAGUUUUUCUGGUAACGCUAUGAAUUUCGACGGCCUAUGUAGUAUGUACAUUAGGGUGGUCCUUAAAACAUCAACAUCAUAGAGCAUCCCUUUACUUUAUUCUACGUAUAAAAUAAAGACAUCCGCGAAAAUUUUGAUAGUGAAUAAGUUCCAUUUGUCAGAUUUCAAGUCAAAAUUUUUGCCAUUUAAAAAAAUUAAAUGUUUCAAGCACUGGUAACGGUCCCUAAAUAUUUCUUUUAAUUUUUGAUGUUUUCCUGGAUGUCUUUUUAAAUAUACGUAGAAUAAAAUCAAGGCGUUCCUCAUAAAAAAUUUGGUUGUUGAUAUUUUAAGGACCAACCUAAUGUAAAUAUCUGCAUUAAAGCUCUAUUUAAGUUAAUACAGUUUUAGUUAAGAAAUACUUAAUAAAGGAAAACGAUUCAAUACUUAUGUACAUAUAUACAUAUUUAUAUUUUUGCACUUUUAACACUCAGUCACAAUGCGUCAAUUUAAACUUGUGUCUUCUUAAAGCUAAAAAUAAAAAAAUGCAAAAAUUUUAAAACAAAGGCACACACCUUAAUACUUUUGAAAUACGAUACUUACACAUAAUGGUUAAGUGGACACUUGCAAAUAUUUAUAACAAAAUGCAAACAUAUAAAAAAAAAUAUUUACCACAGAGCAGAACUCAGCCUAGCCACCUUCUCCAACAAAUAUUAAUAUUUACAUGUAUUAAUGUAUUGUAUUUGUACUAUAUAAAACAGCCAGGCUUUUCAAAUAAAAUAAACACGCGAAAAUUAAUGAAGAACUCAAAACAAAAUGAUAUAUUCUGCAAUACAUACACACACAUAGUACAUCCAAAUAAAAGAAAGUGAAAUUAAUGAGUAACUCCAAUUACUUUAAAAUAAAUAUGUCAGAUAAACAUACAUAUGUACGUACAUAACUAGUUUUGAAUACGAAAAACCAAUAUAAAUAUGUAAUUUCUAGUAAGUAUGUAUGUACAUGCAUGCACAAGUGCAAAUGUCACCGAAACGUCAACAACUCAGAAUUGACAGCUCAAGUAAAUGUCAACACAACUCAUCAACUUAACCAUAUCAAUCG